AUGUUCUCGCGACUGGAUGAACAUGCUGCAGUUUCUGUCGCAGUGUUGUUGCCGGACAAUGCUGCCGGUUUGCUGCCAUCAGAUUGUUUCUUCGCAGACUCGCAAGCAGGGGAUGAGGGCUCCUUGCUGGCCCGUCCGGCCCUCCGCCGUUUUGUGCAGGUGCAGGCGAAGGCACCAACUUCUGUCGCCCUGGCUCUGGGCGCCGGAGCUGUUGGGUCCGCCUUUUGGGUGACGCCCUCGCGGUGCGAAGAUGUGAAUUGGGAUGCAGUCCGCAAGGAGAUUGUCAACAUUCUCGAUGACGACAAGUACAAGGACUCUUCGUACGACGGCGCUACCCCGGGGCCGCUGUUGAUCCGACUGGCCUGGCAUUCCGCUGGCACCUUUUGCAAGUCAACGAAGACUGGAGGGUCCGCCGGAGCAACUAUGCGCUUCGAGCCAGAGGUCAGCUGGGGCGCAAAUGCAGGACUGACUGUAGCCCAGCAGCUGCUCGAGCCAGUGAAGAAGAAGUUCCCGUCGGUGUCGUACGCAGAUCUUUGGAUCUACGCGGCCUGCGUAGCCAUUGAGGAGAUGGGCGGCAACAAGGUGCCCUUCACUCCAGGGCGCAAGGACAAGAGCAGCGGUAAGGAAUGCCCGGCCUGGGAUGGUCCCACAUGCAAGGAUGGCCGUCUGCCAAGCGCUGACAUGGGCGCCCCCGACAAGACAGCCGCACACCUGCGGCUGAUUUUCAACAGAAUGGGCUUCAACGACCAGGAAAUCGUGGCAUUGAGCGGCGCCCACGGCUUGGGUGCCUGCCACACAGACCGCAGCGGCUAUUGGGGUCCUUGGACACGGGCGCCCACCACGGUCAGCAAUGAGUAUUUCCGCGAGCUCCUGGAGAACACUUGGACGAUCAAGACCACCCAUAAGGGACAGCCCUGGAAGGGUCCUCUGCAGUUCGAAGACCCAACAGGCGAUUUGAUGAUGCUGCCAUCUGACAUUGUCCUUGUCCAGGACAAGGAAUUUCGAAAGUACGUCGAAGCCUAUGCCAAGGACGAUGCAAAGUUCCAGAAGGACUUUGCCGAGGUUUGCGGCAAGCUGUUCGGGCUGGGCCAUAGCGGAGAGACCAAGAAGCGCGGCUUCUUCGGAUAA